GUGAAAAAAAAAAAAGAGUAGUGUGGGAGGGGGAGAGAGAGAGAUGGCCUUCUCUUCCUAACAUUGACCAACCCGUCUUUGUUUCUUCUCAUCAUCACUGUGAGAAAGAGAGAGAGAAUUCGUGGAUAUCCAGAAUUCGUUAAGGGCGUUUCGUUUCUCUGUAGAAGAAGAAGAAGAAUUCUCUUUCUACUUUUUCUUUUCCGAGAAAUUAGAAGAGAGAGAAUCUCUGUCCUUGUCUCUCUCUCUCCUUGCACGUUGCAAGCGUUUCUAGAAUAAAGUGAAAAAACCCAGCGCUUCUUUUUUUUUUUUUUUUUUUUUGCAAUCCAGAGAGACUUGGCUAUGGGUUUUCUUUGAUUCGUUUGUUUCGUGAAGCGAGAGCAAGCUUUUUAGCAAUGGAGUUGGUGGGUAAAGUCGUUCGGAAGGAGAUCCAAGGGAUUGGGUUUUGCUCCGGGACGGUUCGAUCUCGCGAUUCGUCUGGAUUUUUCGAGAUCGUUUAUGAGAACGGAGUCACAGAGAUUUCGGAAUUGGAUGAGGUUGUUGCUCUCGUGAUUGGAGAUGGUAAAUCUCAGGAGAAUUCGGUUCCAGUGAAGAAGAGAGUUGGUAGGAAGCCGAAGAAACGGUCUCGUGUCGCGAAGAUGGUUGAGAUCAAGCGAGAAAGCUCUGAGUUGGAUGAGGUACAUGUCGAUUUAAAUGAUGGAGUUACGGAGAUUUCGGGAGUUAGUGAUGUGAAUUUGAGAGGGAAUGUUGAUUUGAAUUGUGGUCCUGUGGAAACCCUAGGUAGGACAUGUGACUCUGUGACGGAUUUGAAUAUGACGGUGCCGCAAUCGGAAACUGGCUUUGAUCUGACUACUGGGUUGGAUUGGAAUUCCAAUGAAGGUUUAGGUUUGAUUAAUGUUAAUAUCGAUUAUGAAGACAAUUGUAGUGACAAAAGGAGGUGGGAUAUUGAUCUGAACAUGGAUGCGAGCUGUGAUUUGGACAAUGCUGCUGUCUGUGAUUUCAAUGGGCAGAAGGGGGAGGGAGGAUUUGAUUUGAACGUGGAGGUUGAUGUAGAGAACAGCAAGGAUGGCGAGUACAUUCAAAUGAAUGGAAAUGACAUUGUUCAGGAAAUCAACAUGCAAGACGGAAAUGUUGUCCAUGAUAAUAUUGAGACUGGGGAAUAUAAAGAAGUUCAUGUUGCUGAAGUGUCCAGCGCUCAGCUUUUGGAGGAGAUACAGAAGCAGAACAUUGUUUCACCGCAAGAUCUCAAUAAUCCUAAUUCUAAUGGGGUUGAGCAAGAUCAUGAGCUACCUCAGCAUGAUGCUAAGACGGUUGAUGAGUCUCUAUCUGAUAGGGGAAAUUCAGAUGAAUAUGGAAGUGGUAGGAGGAAAAGAAGAAAACCUUCUGACAAUCCAAAAUUCAUUAGUGAACCUCGGUUGAGAAGAAGCGCUCGUAGAAGGUUAGCUCGAUCUCCUGUCAGUAGUACUGUAACAGCGUGCUUAGUUGAUGAAGUAUCCCCUUCUCCUUCAAUUAGUAGUCUGACAGAGGAGAAAACUUGGGUCGAUGGAAAAGCUGAGAAUAUUUCUGCCCUCCCGCCAAAGCCACAAUUACCUCCAUCCUCCCAUAUUUUGGAUUUAGAUGGUCUUCCCGUACUUGAUGUCUUUACUACUUACUCUUGUCUGCGGUCCUUCAGUACUUUGCUGUUUUUGAGUCCCUUUGAGCUGAAAGAUUUUGUGGAAGCAUUGAGGUGCAUGUCUCCUAGUCUAUUAUUUGAUAGCAUCCAUGUUUCUGUCUUGCAAAUAUUAAGAAAACAUUUGAAACAACUCGCUGCUGAAGGUGAACUAUCUGCGUCUGCUUGCCUGAGGAGUCUUGAUUGGGAUACGUUGGAUGUGGUUACAUACCCCCUUUUUGUGGUUGAAUACCUACUAUUUUCUGGGUACAAAGACAACCCUGGAUUGGAUCUUACUCGGUUGAACUUUUUCAGAAACGAGUAUUUCAGACAACCCAUGAAUCUGAAAAUUGAGAUACUUAGUCGUUUGUGCGAUGAUAUGACAGAUGCUGAAGUUGUGAGGUCAGAGCUUAAUAAAAGAUCUUUUGCAGCUGAGUUUGAAACGGAACUUGAUAGGAAGACAAACACAGAAGUUCGACGCAGAAAGCGAACUAUGAUGGAGCUGGCAGAUGAUUUAUCUUUUAAUAACGAGGUCAUUGAUACCUCAUUUGACCGGAACAGUGACGACUGCUGUUUUUGUAAAAUGGAUGGGAGCUUACUGUGCUGUGAUGGUUGUCCGGCUGCAUAUCAUUCUAAGUGUGUCGGUCUUGCCAGUCACCUUUUGCCUGAGGGUGACUGGUACUGUCCUGAAUGUGCAUUUGAUCGGCGUGUACCAGGAUUGAAGCCUGAAAAGCAAAUUCGAGGCGCAGAGUUUAUAGAGAUUGAUCCCCAUGGUCGAAAAUACUACAGCAGUUGUGGCUACUUAUUGGUGAUAGAUACAGAUGGCACAGGCUCAUUUAACUACUAUCAUGUGAAUGAUGUGAACCUUGUGCUGGAACAGCUAAAGUCAUGCAGUAGUUCCUAUACUGGCGUAGUAAGGGCAAUUAAAAAACACUGGGAUAUCACUGUUGGGCCAAUAAGGACAAUCAGCGGUGUGAAUUCCCAAAUGUCUGUAUGCCUGGAUAAGUCUGUCAAAGAAAUGAUUCCUUCUAUUGAUGGGUUUAAGGCUCCUCUACCAGCUUCAGAAAAACAGUCAACAUCUGGUGCUAAAAAAAAGCUGAACAAAGCAUCCAGCAAUGGAUGGUCACAUAUUCAUGGUCCUAGGACUCGUCGGAAGAUAUUAGAUUCAGCUACUGGGCUAGAUAUCCUUAAUAUGAGUUCUGAAGGAUCUGCUGAAACUGUACAAAAUGGAUCAGACGUCCAGAGACUUCAUGAGCCAGCAUCAUCAAGCAUUUUGGAUAUCAUGAAAGAGCCAAAUAUGAAUUCCCAUAAUUUGGCUAGAAUAAACACACGGAAAGGAAUUAAACCAAAUGUGCAGAGUGAAACAGGCUACAGAAACCAUUACAUAUUUGCUCAGAUGACUAGAUCAGUUUAUGAAGAGAUGAUACGUAAGUCACCAAUCCGUACCAAUGAUAUGAGAUCUGAUGAAGAAAUAGCUUCUACCCAGGUGAAGACUAUAUUGAUGAAAACCACCAAAUUUCAAUGGCGAAACAUCCAAAGCCUCUACCUAGAUGCGUGGAAAGAAAAAUGUGGAUGGUGUCAUUCCUGCAAAAGUUCUUCUGAGGAUGCUGGUAGUGAGAUAAAUUGUUUGUUUAAUACGAGUCUUGGGGCUUUACGAGGUCUUUCGGAAAGUGAAGUAGCUAACAUUCAAUCCAUUGAGAAGAACAGUCAUCUUUUGGCCAUCAUAUGCCAGAUACUUUCCAUGGAAAGUCGACUGCAAGGACUCUUGGUUGGUCCAUGGUUGAAUCCGCAGCACUCCGGCAUUUGGCGUGAACACAUUCUGAAGGCAUCAAAUAUCUCAGGCUUGAAACAUUUAUUGGUUGAAUUAGAGGCAAGUUUGCAUCAUCGUGUACUUUCACUUGAGUGGCUAAGCCAUGUCGAUGCUGCCGUGGUAAUGGGAUCAGCAAUACAUAUUCUCAUUGCUUCGACACGAUCAUGGUCAAAGACUGCUAUUGGUAAAAGAAGGGGGACAUUGUUGGAGUCUGGGGUUAACCCUACUGCAAAGAAAAAUGGUGGAUUGACCAUGUGUUGGUGGAGAGGUGGGCAGCUCUCUCGGCGGUUAUUCAAUUGGAAGGUUUUACCUCGCUCUUUAAUCUCGAAGGCUGCUAGACAAGGUGGAAGUAUGAGUAUUCCAGGAAUAUUGUAUCCUGAGAAUUCAGAGUCUGCUAAGAGAAGCCGACGUGUUGCCUGGGAAGCAGCUGUUGAGUCAUCUACAACUUCAGAGCAGCUCGGUUUGCAGGUGAGGACACUCCAAUCAUACAUAAAGUGGGAUGAUAUUGAAAACAGUCAUCUUCUUCCUACAUUAGACAAAGAAUCCAGAAAAUCUGCCAGGCUAUUCAAAAAAGCGAUUGUCCGUAGGAAGUGCACGGAGGAAGAGACUGUGAAAUAUCUCCUUGACUUUGGUAAGAGGAGAAAUAUUCCGGAUGUUGUGUCGAAGAAUGGUUGCAUGGUUGAAGAAUCCUCGAGUGGAAGAAAAAAGUUCUGGCUGAAUGAAUCACAUGUGCCUUUACAUCUUAUGAAAGGAUUUGAAGAGAAAAAAGCUGUACGGAAAACUAGCAAGCCAGGAGGCUCUUUCAGACACUCUGAGAUACACAAAUUACGGAAAAGGUCCUCAGAGGGAAAAGGAUUCUCAUACCUAUUUGAAAGGGCAGAAAGAUCUGAAUCCUCUUUGUGUGAGCAAUGUAAGAAAGAUCUGCCUUUGAGUGAAGCUGCAAGCUGCCACAUCUGCAAAGGAGUAUUUCACAAAAAGCAUAUAAAGAGGGCAGAGAAGGAGGGCAUGUACAUCUGUCUUCCAUGCAGAAGUGAAGUGAUAGCAAAAGAACAACCCACCGUACGAAAAAGAGGGCGGCCGCCAGGGAGUUUCCGGAAAAAAAUUGGAGUUCAGACACAAAAGCGUAAAAAGGUCAUACCUGCUCGCAAAUCACCUCGGCUAAAGAAGACUAAGACCUCGAUGGCAGAGAGAAUUGCCAUAAGGUUAAAGAAUCAUAAAAAGGUUGUUGCAAGCAAACCAUUGCGACGUUCUGGCAGGCAAUUGAAGCAUGUUAUUCGGCUGCAGGAUGAAAGUAAAGUUCCUGAAGGGAGUAAGAAACGGAAACUGGAAACCAAAAGAGGUAGAGGCAGACCUAAGAAAGUAAAACAAGAGAUCUCCAUUAGAAAGAAGAGAACAGAUAGGUGUUUGAGCUAUUGGUUGAAUGGCCUCCUUUUGUCCAGAAAGGCUGACGAUGAACGGGUUCAUAAGUUCCGGAAAGAUAGAUAUUAUACUCCCUUGGAGAACUCUGAUUCUGAUCAUGAUCAACCUAAGUGUCACUUAUGUGGCCCAAUUGAAUCUGAAUCUGGAUCAACUUUCAUUGCUUGCGAAAUCUGUGGAGAAUGGUACCACGGAGAUGCUUAUGGGCUUAACGAAAAGAAUUCAAGUAUGGUGAUUGGAUUCCGGUGCCAUCUCUGUCGCGAACAAACUUCUCCCACUUGUCCACAUAUGAGAUCUACUACAUCACCUGUUGCAUCCUAAGCUGUGAAUUUGUUUAAGGCUGAUAUAAUAUUCUUAGGCUGUGGGGUUCAAGUUGAAGGAAUCAGACAGGGCAAGGUGUAAAUUUUUUAGAUGUCUAUACAAUUAUGGGUGAAGAGUAUGAGUAGAGAUCAAGGAGAAGCAGAAACAGAGGAGGGUACAUUUUGGUGGAAGCAUUAAGUUAGUUUGGCUUGUUGGGACUGGUAACGUGGAUGGGUAGGUUACUAAAGUGGAGUGGUUGACUUAGACUUAGAGGGAACAAAAAGGGGAUUUAAGAUUCAGAGUUGAUUUAUAUAACCUGAUUUAGUUUUGUUUUUCACUAUGAAGGGAGUCAGUAAACAAGUGAAGGUAUGUAAAGAAUAUGUUGAAUCCAUUUUCUAUCAAAAUCCAUUGGUAGUGGUGUUAUUGGCUUUCAAAUAGUAAUGUUUUAACUUUUAACC